GUACUAGCAUAGUUAUUCGUAUCAGAAUAACCCAAAGAGGGAAGAAUAGUCCUCCAGGUGGCGUACUCAUCAUUGCCUUCAAAUAAAUUUAAGAUUAACAAAGAAGAAGAAGACUUGAAGAGGAAGAUAAACGGCGUUACACUGCACCUGCCUCUUAUUGUAGGAAAUAUUUCAAAAUAUCUCUGACACCAACUUGACGAAGAAUGCUAACUUCAGAAGGUCUCUAUAAGGCUAUAAGUUCUCUAGAUAUACUUGGUCACCUGUUAAUGAAGUCUGAAAAGAAUCACGAUAAAUCGAACGUAGAAGACGAUAUACAUAACAUCAAGUCAGUGUUAGAACACCCUGCCCUCGUAACUUACGUAAAGAUUCUUGAAUCACUGAAAAGGUUAAAGGAUGAAAUGUUCAGAAAUCCACAAAUACUUCCUAUGGAUUUCCAUAUUGUGCCAAACACUGGCGAACUUCAACUAAACGAAGUCGACUCCAACUCUGUCAUUUCCACAUGGAAUUAUUUCGACUUACAUUCCCCAGGCUCAGUUCUUUAUUCUAUUUCAGACAGUGGUGUACCUUUAUUUGAAGAACAUUCUACUGGAACCAAAAUGCACGCCUUUCCGCAUGUCAGCUCUUCCACUGUUUAUGAUAAGUGUGCUCCUGUCUCUGGAACGGAAUCUGUUACCAUGAAAACGAAUCAACAGAAUAUUUUCAUAGUCCAGUUGUACAAACCAGAGCCAAACGCUUCCCUUGGAUUUAGUGUCGUGGGACUUCGUAGCGAGGGAAGAGGAGAAAUUGGCUUAUUCGUUCAGGCAGUUUUGGAUACUGGAAUGGCUGGCAGGUAUAGAACACACACAUUUACAAUGAGGCUGCCCUGUCCACGACAAAGAUUAAUUCCG